AUGGAUUCAAUAAGCUUACGUGAAGCUUUCAUAGCCAUUCUUUGCUUUCUCAUCUUCCGUUACUUGAUCUUCAAGAAACCUCAUGACCGGUUCCUUAUAAACUGGCCGGUUCUUGGGAUGCUUCCUGGUUUCCUCGUGGUCCUCCAUCGCAUCUACGACUUUAGCGUGGAGGUUCUAGAGAAUACCGACUUAACCUUUCCAUUCAAGGGACCUUGGUUCACUGGAAUGGAUAUGUUAGUCACGGUUGAUCCAGCUAAUAUUCACUAUAUAUUAAGCUCAAACUUCUCCAAUUACAACAAAGGAGCCGACUUCAAAGAAGUGUUUGAUGUUUUCGGAGAAAUGAUCUUUAAUUCGGACGGGGAGCUAUGGAAGAAUCAAAGAAAAGCUGCUCAAUACAUGCUUAACCAUCAAGGGUUUCAAAAACUUUCAGUGAGUGCGACGAGAAGUAAGCUCAAGGACGGUCUUGUUCCUCUUUUCAACCAUUUUUCAGAGGAGGAGACGGUCGUGGAUUUGCAAGAUGUGUUUCAAAGAUUCACGUUUGAUACAACGUUUUUCCUUGUAACCGGGUUUGAUCCUAAGUCUCUCUCUACUGAAGUGCCAGAAGUUGAGUAUUCUCAAGCUCUUGACGAUCUUGGAGAAGGAAUUUUUUAUAGGCAUGUUAUACCCAAGUUCUUGUGGAAGCUGCAAAACCGGAUUGGGUUUGGAAAAGAGAAGAGAAUGACCGAAGCUGAUGCCACUUUCGAUCGCGUUUCUGCCAAAUACAUAUCAGCUAAGAGAAAAGAGGUAAGCUCACAAGGGCUUGAUCAUCAUUCAAAUGUUGAAAGUGAGGAUCUUUUGACAUCUCACAUAAAGCUUGAUACAACAAAGUACGAGCUCUUGAACCCUAGUGAUGAUAAGUUCCUCAGAGACACCAUCUUAGCUUUCAAUCUAGCUGGGAGAGACACAAUGGCUUCUGCUCUCUCUUGGUUCUUCUGGCUUCUAUCUGAAAACCCUCAAGUGGUAACCAAGAUUCGCCAAGAGAUCAUUGACAAAAAUCUUCCAAGAACCCAAAUAAAUGGCCAAGAGAAGAACUUAGACAAGUUGGUGUAUCUACACAGCGCGUUGUAUGAAUCAAUGAGGCUUUAUCCACCAGUUCCCUUUCAACGCAAGUCUCCUAUAAAACCAGACUUGCUUCCAAGUGGGCAUAAAGUCGACGCCAAGUCUAAUAUCAUGUUAUUUCUUUACGCGUUGGGGAGGAUGAGAGCGGUUUGGGGAGAAGACGCAUUGGACUUUAAGCCAGAGAGAUGGAUUUCACAGACUGGGUGGUUAAGACAUGAGCCUUCCUUCAAGUUUUUAUCGUUUAACGCAGGUCCAAGAACUUGUCCUGGUAAGCAAUUAGCUAUGACACUAAUGAAGACCGUAGUCGUGGAGAUCUUACAAAACUAUGAUAUUAAGGUUAUCAAAGGACAGAAGAUUGAGCCGGAUCCUGGUCUUAUAUUGUACAUGAAGUAUGGGCUUAGAGUCACAAUUACUAAGAGAUGUUCAGCUUGA